GCCAUGCAGAAGUCGGGGCGCCCCCUGAAGUCCCUGAAGCAGCGGCUGAAGGGCAAGGAGGGGCGGGUGCGGGGCAACCUGAUGGGCAAACGGGUGGAUUUCUCGGCCCGCACCGUCAUCACCCCCGACCCCAACCUGGCCAUCGACCAAGUGGGCGUCCCCCGCUCCAUCGCCGCCAACAUGACCUUCGCCGAGAUCGUCACCCCCUUCAACAUCGACAGGCUGCAGGAGCUGGUGCGACGCGGGAACAGCCAGUACCCGGGGGCCAAGUACAUCAUCCGGGACAACGGGGACCGCAUCGACCUGCGCUUCCACCCCAAGCGUGACCUCCACCUCCAGAUCGGCUACAAGGUGGAGCGACACAUGUGCGACGGGGACAUCGUUAUCUUCAACCGUCAGCCCACGCUCCACAAGAUGUCCAUGAUGGGCCACCGCGUCCGCAUCCUGCCCUGGUCCACCUUCCGCCUCAACCUCAGCGUCACCACCCCCUACAACGCCGACUUCGACGGGGACGAGAUGAACCUGCACCUGCCGCAGUCCCUGGAGACGCGGGCGGAGAUCCAGGAGCUGGCGAUGGUGCCGCGCAUGAUCGUCACGCCCCAGUCCAACCGCCCCGUCAUGGGCAUCGUGCAGGACACGCUCACCGCCGUCCGCAAGUUCACCAAGCGCGACGUCUUCCUCGAGCGCGGGGAGGUGAUGAACCUGCUGAUGUUCCUCUCGACGUGGGACGGGAAGGUGCCCCAACCCGCCAUCCUGAAGCCCCGGCCCCUCUGGACGGGGAAGCAGAUCUUCUCCCUCAUCAUCCCCGGCCACAUCAACUGCAUCCGCACCCACAGCACCCACCCCGACGACGAGGACAGCGGGCCCUACAAGCACAUCUCCCCCGGGGACACCAAGGUGAUCGUGGAGAACGGGGAGCUGAUCAUGGGCAUCCUCUGCAAAAAGUCGCUGGGGACCUCGGCGGGGUCCUUGGUCCACAUCUCCUACCUGGAGAUGGGCCACGACACCACCCGCCUCUUCUACAGCAACAUCCAGACCGUCAUCAACAACUGGCUCCUCAUCGAGGGUCACACCAUCGGCAUCGGGGACUCCAUCGCCGACGCAAAGACCUACCAGGACAUCCAGAACACCAUCAAGAAGGCCAAGCAGGACGUCAUCGAGGUCAUCGAGAAGGCCCACAACAACGAGCUGGAGCCCACCCCGGGCAACACCCUGCGCCAGACCUUCGAGAACCAGGUCAACCGUAUCCUCAACGACGCCCGGGACAAGACGGGUUCCUCCGCCCAAAAAUCCCUCUCCGAGUACAACAACUUCAAGUCCAUGGUGGUCUCGGGCGCCAAAGGCUCCAAGAUCAACAUCUCCCAGGUCAUCGCGGUGGUGGGGCAGCAGAACGUGGAAGGCAAACGCAUCCCCUUUGGGUUCAAACAUCGCACCCUGCCCCACUUCAUCAAGGACGACUAUGGGCCCGAGAGCCGGGGCUUCGUGGAGAACUCCUACCUGGCCGGGCUGACCCCCACCGAGUUCUUCUUCCACGCCAUGGGGGGCCGCGAGGGUCUCAUCGACACCGCCGUCAAGACGGCCGAGACGGGGUACAUCCAACGGCGGCUGAUCAAGUCGAUGGAGUCGGUGAUGGUGAAGUACGACGCCACGGUGCGCAACUCCAUCAACCAGGUGGUUCAGCUGCGCUACGGCGAGGACGGGCUGGCGGGCGAGAGCGUGGAGUUCCAGAACCUGGCCACCCUCAAACCCUCCAACAAGGCCUUCGAGAAGAAGUUCAAGUUCGACUACACCAACGAGCGGGCGCUGCGGCGGACGCUGCAGGAGGAGCUGGUGAAGGACAUUCUCUCCAACGCCCACAUCCAGAACGAGCUGGAGCGCGAGUUCGAGAAGAUGCGGGAGGACCGGGAGGUGCUGCGCGUCAUCUUCCCCACCGGCGACAGCAAGGUGGUGCUCCCCUGUAACCUGCUGCGCAUGAUCUGGAACGCCCAGAAGAUUUUCCACAUCAACUCGCGCCUCCCGUCCGACCUGCACCCCGUCAAGGUGGUGGAGGGGGUGAAGGAGCUGAGCCGCAAGCUGGUGAUCGUCAACGGGGAGGACCCGCUGAGCCGGCAGGCGCAGGAGAACGCCACGCUGCUCUUCAACAUCCACCUGCGCUCCACGCUCUGCAGCCGCCGCAUGGUGGAGGAGUUCCGCCUCAGCGGGGAGGCCUUCGACUGGCUGCUGGGGGAGAUCGAGUCCAAGUUCAACCAGGCCAUCGCGCACCCCGGGGAGAUGGUGGGGGCGUUGGCGGCCCAGUCGUUGGGAGAACCCGCCACCCAGAUGACCCUCAACACCUUCCACUACGCCGGCGUCUCCGCCAAGAACGUCACCUUGGGCGUCCCCCGCCUGAAGGAGCUCAUCAACAUCUCCAAGAAACCCAAGACCCCCUCCCUCACCGUCUUCCUGCUGGGCCAGAGCGCCGCAGCCGAGCGGGCCAAGGACAUCUUGUGCCGCCUGGAGCACACCACGCUGCGCAAGGUGACGGCCAACACCGCCAUCUACUACGACCCCAACCCCCAGAGCACGGUGGUGGCCGAGGACCAGGAAUGGGUCAACGUCUACUACGAGAUGCCCGACUUUGACGUCAGCCGCAUCUCGCCCUGGCUGCUGCGCGUGGAGCUGGACCGCAAGCACAUGACCGACCGCAAGCUCACCAUGGAGCAGAUCGCCGAGAAGAUCAACGCUGGCUUCGGGGACGAUCUCAACUGCAUCUUCAACGACGACAACGCGGAGAAGCUGGUGCUGCGCAUCCGCAUCAUGAACAGCGACGAGAACAAGAUGCAGGAGGAGGAGGAGGUGGUGGACAAGAUGGACGACGACGUCUUCUUGCGCUGCAUCGAGUCCAACAUGCUGACGGACAUGACACUGCAGGGCAUCGAGCAGAUCAGCAAGGUGUACAUGCACCUGCCGCAGACGGACAACAAGAAGAAGAUCAUCAUCACGGAGGACGGGGAGUUCAAGGCCCUCCAGGAGUGGAUCCUGGAGACGGACGGCGUCAGCCUCAUGCGGGUGCUGAGCGAGAAGGACGUGGACCCCGUGAGGACGACGUCCAACGACAUCGUGGAGAUCUUCACCGUGCUGGGCAUCGAGGCGGUGCGCAAGGCGCUGGAGCGGGAGCUCUACCACGUCAUCUCCUUCGACGGCUCCUACGUCAACUACCGGCACCUGGCGCUGCUCUGCGACACCAUGACCUCCCGCGGCCACCUCAUGGCCAUCACCCGCCACGGCGUCAACCGCCAGGACACCGGGCCCCUCCUCAUGAAGUGCUCCUUCGAGGAGACGGUGGACGUGCUGAUGGAGGCGGCGGCCCACGGGGAGAGCGACCCCAUGAAGGGGGUGUCGGAGAACAUCAUGUUGGGGCAGUUGGCGCCCGCCGGCACCGGCUGCUUCGACCUCCUGCUGGACGCCGAGAAGUGCAAACACGGCAUGGAGAUCCCCAGCGCCCUCCCGGGGCUCGGCGGCGCCGGCCCCACCGGGAUGUUCUUCGGGUCGGCGCCCAGCCCCAUGGGGGGGAUGUCGCCCGCCAUGACCCCCUGGAACCAGGGCGCCACCCCCGCCUACGGCGCCUGGUCCCCCAGCGUGGGCAGCGGCAUGACCCCGGGGGGCGCCGGCUUCUCCCCCAGCGCCGCCUCCGACGCCAGCGGCUUCAGCCCCGGCUACUCCCCGGCCUGGUCCCCGACCCCCGGCUCCCCCGGCUCCCCCGGCCCCGCCAGCCCCUACAUCCCCUCCCCGGGUGGCGCCAUGUCACCCAGCUACAGCCCGACGUCACCCGCCUACGAGCCGCGCUCGCCGGGGGGCUACACCCCCCAGAGCCCCAGUUACAGCCCCACGUCGCCCAGUUACAGCCCAACUUCGCCCAGUUACAGCCCGACGUCGCCCAACUACAGCCCGACCUCGCCCAGCUACAGCCCCACGUCGCCCAGCUACAGCCCCACCUCACCCAGCUACAGCCCCACAUCGCCCAGCUACAGCCCGACCUCGCCCAGCUACAGCCCCACUUCGCCCAGUUACAGCCCCACUUCGCCCAGCUACAGCCCGACUUCACCCAGCUACAGCCCCACCUCGCCGAGCUACAGCCCCACAUCUCCCAGCUACAGCCCCACUUCGCCCAGCUACAGCCCGACGUCUCCCAGCUACAGCCCCACCUCGCCCAGCUACAGCCCCACAUCUCCCAGCUACAGCCCACCCUCGCCCAGCUACAGCCCCACGUCGCCCAACUACAGCCCCACCAGCCCCAACUACACCCCGACGUCGCCCAGCUACAGCCCCACCUCGCCCAGCUACAGCCCCACCAGCCCCAACUACACCCCCACCUCCCCCAACUACAGCCCCACCAGCCCCAGCUACAGCCCCACCUCGCCCAGUUACAGCCCCACCUCCCCCAGUUACUCCCCCUCCAGCCCCCGCUACACCCCCCAGUCGCCCACCUACACCCCCAGCAGCCCCAGUUACAGCCCCAGCAGCCCCAGUUACAGCCCCACCUCCCCCAAGUACACCCCCACCAGCCCCAGCUACAGCCCCAGCUCCCCCGAGUACACCCCCACCAGCCCCAAAUACAGCCCCACCUCCCCCAAGUACAGCCCCACCAGCCCCAAAUACAGUCCCACCUCCCCCACCUACAGCCCCACCACCCCCAAGUACAGCCCCACCUCCCCCACCUACAGCCCCACCUCCCCCGUCUACACCCCCACCAGCCCCAAAUACAGCCCCACCUCCCCCACCUACAGCCCCACCUCCCCCAAGUACAGCCCCACCUCCCCCACCUACAGCCCCACCAGCCCCAAGGGCUCCACCUACAGCCCCACAUCGCCGGGCUACAGCCCCACGUCCCCCACCUACAGCCUCACCAGCCCGGCCAUCAGCCCCGACGACAGCGACGAGGACAACUGAGUCCCCCCCCCCCCGCCUCUCGCAGGGUGUGGGGCUGACCCCCAGGUUGGGGGGAAGGGGGGGGGAGAGACCCCCGAGUUGGGUGUCACUCCCUCGAGUUGGGGGGCUGAGCCCCCGGAGUG